AUGGAACAAUUAACAGCCACUCAUGCUCAAAAGCUUGUGGAGGGCUUGUACAGCGCCGCGAAUCCAACCGUUGCCAAAGAGAUUCAAGAACAGCUUCAAGCAGUACAACGACAACAGCAAGCAUGGGAAAUCGCAUCGCAACUCUUGUCUUCACCGUCAGAUCAAUGCCGAUUCUUUGGUGCGCACACUUUCCAGGUCAAGAUAGCACGCGACUGGAACACGUUACCCGAGGAUCGUAUCGACUGGUUAAGGAAUGAACUUUUGACGUGGAUUAUACGAUCAUGCACAGGUCCGCUCUUCAUUACAACCAAGCUGUGUCUUGCUCUUAUCACCUAUGCUUUCCACACUGUACCGACUCGUUGGCAAGACUUUAUACCUGAUACAGUAAAUGCAAUUCAUGCCGGUGCUUCAAGUAUGGGCGCUCCUUCUCAAAGUGUGACCACCACCAUCCUUGAGUUCUUGACCCUUGUCCCAGAAGAAGUGGCAAGCACAGAGUUGAUUAGUAGCAGAAAACCCCAAAUCGCACAAGAACUCAAGAAUAGCACAUCCAUUGUUCUUUCCACCCUGGCCACUGUUCUCAAUGAUACCGAUAUUUCACUACAACAAAAGACACUUCGAGCAUUGCAAAGUUGGAUCCAAUACGGUGUUUCACUCGAAGAAGCAUCCCCUUUGUUACAGCAAUGCAUGACACUCCUUGACCAAGAAGAACUUUUUCAAUCAAGUGCUGAUGUUUUAUUGGAAGCAAUGCAACAACCCUCCUAUGGAAAAUACUUGUCGUUUCGCGAUGCGCUUUUACAAUGCUUCACCUCCAAUGGCAUGCGAGCCAAGUUUGCCGAAUGCAUUACAGAUGAGAAUGACGAGGAUGGCGCAUCCAUAGCGAAAUUGUUGACUGGAUUUGGGGAGACGUAUAUCGACCAUGUUGCAGAACAAUUAGCCGAUCCCAGUAUUCGAAUGCUUUUGGAUAUGAUCAUGCAAUUGACUGGUUUCCCUGGUACUUUUUGUGUCGAUCAAGAAGUCAGUGAUAUUCCCUUGAAUUUCUGGUUCAUGUUGCAAGAGACCUUGUUUGACAAUGGCAUCGUGCCUAUUCGACAACCCGUAGCCAUUGUGACUAAUGGAGUGGAUGAUGCGACAACGACGACGACAGCAGCCCAUGAUAAUGAUCCCGCACAACAAGCCUGGCUACAACAAUGUGGAGAGACCGCCAUGAUGGUGUAUCGACAAUUAGUGGUGGUCCUCAAACGCCAAUCUACAUUCCCUGAUGAUGCAACAUGGACAUCUUGGCCAAAAGAUAUCAAGGACAAAUUCAGGAUCUAUCGUCGUGAUUUGGCAGACACAUUGAUCAACCCGUACUUUGUGCUUCGAGAUGAAAUGCUGGAUAUUAUCAUGCAAGAUGCAAGUAGCCUAUUGAAUCGUUGGGGAUCAGCAUCCUCAUUGGGGCAGGAAUUGGAAGCGACCUUGUUUUGUUUAAAGAGUAUUUCGGAAGAGGUGCCUACAGAUGAAGCUACCCACAUACGGCGCUUUUUCGGUCCCGAAAUUCUCGAACGAUUUCCUGAAGAUGCUGAUAUCCGGCUUCAGAAUACGACAUUACUUACCAUUGGUGCACUUGCCGAAUGGCUCAAAGGUCAUCCACAAUAUCUCCCCGCUGUCAUGAAUUACAUUGUACCAUGCCUCAGCAUACCAAAACUUUCACCAUCAGCUGCAUCGGCCUUUUCUGAUAUCUGUGACACGUGUCGUGAUUCAUUGACGGAGGAGCUCAAUAGUCUGAUGCAUGUAUACAGCUCCAUGGCUAGCUCCAUGAUCGAGCCCAAUAUCAUGCAAAAAGUGGUAGAAUCGGUGGCUGAUGUGAUCCAAGUACUACCUCCCGAGAAUGCUAUGGCACCUUUAAUGGCACUGACAGGGGAUAUAUUGCAAGGCGUGAGUAAAGCUCUGAGUGUUACACAGCAGGAUCCUGUGGCUGCACGUGAUGCAACGCUUAUCCAAAUCAAGUACCUGUCCGCUUGUUGCCGUGGUAUCCAAUCACCGGAUGACUACCAAUCCAUCGCUGUAAGGAAUUCCACCUAUGACAUGUUUGCCAAUGGCCAGCUUGUAGCCAUGUAUGCCAACGUGGAAGGAUUCUCUGAAGUGACACAAGCGAUCCAUACUUCGGUACAACAAAUAGUUACCUCUUGGCAACAAGAUGAACAAGUCAUGAAGGCUCUCUCCAACUUUGUUGAAUGUGGCAUACGAGCUACAAGCCCACUCCUCACGCUACGCUUUGACGACCUGAUUGAUAUGCUCAAUACAUGCUACAAUGCCACACCCUUUGCAUGUUGGCUACAUACAGCUGCUUUGGUCAUGACAGUUUAUGGAGGUGCUGAAAUGAAUCAUGCCCGUUUACGCGACUUGGCAGGUGUCUUGACACAGAAAACGUUGAGCUUUAUCCACAAAAGUGAAGAUAUGGAGCAUUAUCCAGACGUGGUUGACAGUUAUUUCGACAUGUUAUCAGCGACGGUACGACGUUGUCCCAUGGUCUUUUUCCAUUUGCCUCAGGAUAUGAUCAACGCCAUUUUACAAUUUGCUAUUGCCGGCAUGUGCCUUCAAGAACGACUUGCUCUCAAGGCAGCUCUUAAUUUUAUGGCUGAUUUCUUUGGUCGGGAGUACGAGGAAGGGUCACAAUUGGCAGAAUUUGUACAAUCCUUGGUGAUGACUUGGGGCAUGCAAAUCAUGGAACAGUUACUUACUGGAAUUGGAGGUAAAGUCCCUAGGUCUUUUUCGAGACCUUUGGUGGAUGUUCUCUAUAAAUUGAUGGGUCGUUACGUGGAAGCUUCUCGGCACUGGUUACAAACGUUGCUAGCCCAUGAUGGAUUUCCGUCAGCAUUAGUACAACCAAAGGACAAGGAAGAGUUUCUUAAAGGCAUCAUUGGCACACGGUCGAUCAAGCGGUUUAGAGAUUGUACCAAUGAAUUCCUUGUAAAGUGCCGAGGGCUCAACAAUACAGCUUAUGGAUCAAUAGCUUAG